AUGGUCAAAGACAUUGCUACAGCCGACGAGAAACAAACGCACUCGAAUGUAAAGCAGACCAACAGAACUCCAAAAAUUUCUGACUAUUUGAGGGUCUUCUCAUAUGCAACAAAAUGGGAUAUCUGCGUCUACACCGUCGCCUCGCUGGCAUCAAUCGGCGCUGGCAUAACUCUACCGCUCAUGAAUGUCAUCUUCGGACAACUUGCUGGCCGAUUUACCGAUUACUACAGCGAUGCCUCCGUCUUGACACGCGAGGAUUUUGACCGAAUUUUGAACCGUCAGGCCUUGUACAUCAUGGCUCUCUUCAUCGGCCGCUGGGGCCUCAACACUAUCAACAAGUAUUGCUUCAGAAUGAUAGGCAUCCGAUUGUCGUCGGCUAUACGCCUCCAUUAUCUGCGAUCACUAUUCGCGCAGUCCAUUCAUGUCAUUGAUUCUAUGCCCGCAGGAGCCCCUGCUACAGCCAUCACCGCAACAACCAACACCCUGCAGCUUGGUAUCUCGGAGCGCCUAGGGACAUUAGUACAGUAUAUUUCAACAAUUGUGGCUGCCAUCAUAAUCGCAUUCGUCUGGAGUUGGGAUCUGGCUUUGGUCACGUCUUCGUUGAUUCUGUAUACCGUGGUGGUUGCCGCAAUCUUGAUGCCUCUCAUCAUCAAAGGCCAGACUGCGACUCUUGAAGCCGACGCAGAGGCGACAGCUGUUGCUAGCGAGGUUCUAGGAGAAAUUCGUCUGGUGCUAGCAUGUGGUGGUCAAGAUCACGUCCUUUCUCGCUAUAAUACCUGGGUUCAAAAAGCCUUGACGCGAGCACAAAAGGCCGCUCCAUUUUUAGGAAUUCAACUUGGUCUUGUGUACUUUGGGAUCUUCGGCGCCUUCGGUCUGGCGUUCUGGUAUGGCAGCAAGAAGUACAUCGAUGGCAGCAUUAGCAAUUCUGGUCCCGUGAUCAUCGUACUGAUGUCGGUCAUCAUGCUAAUAACCUCCCUGGGAUUUCUAUCAACACCACUGAUGGCCAUGAGUAAAGCCAUGGUAGCUGCAUGUGAGCUCUUGACUGUCAUUGACGCUCCGCUACCUAUCUUGGGUUCGCUCAAACCAGAUAUUGCUUCCAAAGAUGUGGUGUUCGAGAACGUCACUUUCGAGUAUCCUGCUCGUCCUGGUGUACGAGCAUUAAAUGGAUUAAGCUUUCGCCUUCGUGCCGGUCAGAAUACGGCUUUUGUCGGGUCUUCUGGCUCGGGAAAAAGUACAAUUGUCGGUCUUCUGGAACGUUGGUAUUCUCUGCAAGACCAGCACAUGCUAGAGAAAGUCGUUGUUGCAGAAAAGCCUUCCAAGAAAUCUGAAACCUUGGGGAACCAACCGCACGAUGAGCAACAAGUAUCUCUGGACAAUCCUGUGCUGUCUGGGACGAUCACGAUUGGCGAUCACAACAUCGAAGCUCUAGAUCUUAAGUGGUGGAGGGCUCAAGUCGGAGUUGUACAGCAAGAGCCAUUCCUCUUUAAUGAUACGAUCUUUGGGAACGUUGCGAAUGGGUUGAUCGGUACGCAGUGGGAAGACGACUCUGAAGAUCGAAAGCUGGAACUUGUCGAAGAAGCAUGCCAUGAAGCUUACGCCCAUGACUUUGUCAGUCGUCUGCCUGACGGGUACUAUACGAAAGUCGGCGACGGUGGUGUGAAACUGUCCGGUGGUCAGAAGCAGCGCAUCGCCAUUGCAAGGAGUAUCAUCAAGAAGCCCCAGAUCAUUAUAUUCGAUGAAGCCACCAGUGCUGUCGAUGCAAAGAGUGAGAAAAUCAUCCAACUCGCCCUCGACAAGAUCGCAAUGACUCGCACGACCAUCACUAUCGCCCAUCGCCUUUCAACCAUCAGGAAAGCCGAUCAUAUCGUUGUGCUGCAAGCUGGGCGUGCGGUCGAGCAAGGUACCCAUGAAACACUCAUGGCUGAGUCUAGCAGUGCGUACAGUGCUUUGAUACGUGCACAGUCGUUGCAAUUCACCACCAGUGACCACAUGGAAAUCGACAUACGAGAUAAAGACGCCAAUGUAACCUCAGAGAAGAUCAUUGACAACACCUCUCAGGAUCCAGAACCCGAGCCCCCAAGGGACGAUCAUACUGCACCGAUCACCAAAUCUCAAAACUUCUUUCGGAUGUUCCAGAGACUUCUACGCACGCAACGCGCCCAUCGGUAUGCUUUGAUGGGUAUCGUCAUCUCCGCUGUGGCAGUCGCUGCAGCCACUCCAAUCCAAGCUUGGCUCUUUGCAAAAGUUCUUGGGGUCUUUUUCCUGAGUACAGAAGCCGCAAAGAGCAGAGCCAACUUUUGGGCCCUCAUGUGGCUCGCUCUCGCUGCAGGUUCGGGCCUCGCGAAUUUGUCCGAGGCUUGGAUUGGCCUGCGCGUACAAUAUUCUGUUAGUGCAGUAUACAAGACACAGUACUUCACUGAUAUGCUUCAUCAAAGAAUCAGCUUUUUCGACAAGGACGUCAACUCCCAUGGCACGUUGAGCUCUCGUAUCGCUAGCGAUGCUAAGUCCUUGGAGGAAGUCUUUGGUCUCAAUCUCGGACUCGCAUUGUCUGGAAUGUUCAAUGUCGUUGGAUGCAUAAUUAUCUCCUUGAUCUUCAGCUGGAAGCUUGGCAUCGUUGCCUUGUGCGUCACUAUGCCGAUCAUGUUAUCCUCCGGAUUCUGGAAGUAUAGACAUGAGGUACAGUUUGAUAAGAUGAACUCUAGCGUGUUUGCGGAGAGCUCUCAGUUUGCUACCGAAGCUAUAGGUGCGAUCCGAACAGUCUCCGCGCUUACCAUGGAGGAUACCAUCACAGAAAGAUACUCGAAGCUUCUGUCUGAUCACGUCCAAGCAGCCCAUACCAAAGCCUUGUGGACAUCUGGCCUCUAUGGUUUUGUGGACAGUGCCGGUCUAGGCUGUCAGGCUCUGGUCUUUUGGUAUGGCGGUCGGCUUCUCGCCAGUGGUGGGUACGGAUUCGAAGCUUUCUUUGUCUGCUACAUGGCGAUGAUACAAGGUGCAGAGGCCGCAAGUCAGGUACUCAGUGUCGCUCCUAAUACUGCACAAGCUACUGCCGCCGCAAAUCGCAUAUUUGAGAUUCAAGAGUCCGCAGAUACUCAAAGAGCAGGGCUGAGCAACAACAAAGACAUACCCGCAGCCGACGGCGGCGUGCGGGUCGAGCUUCAGAACGUUCAUUUCAAGUAUCCCACUCGCGAUAUUUUCAUUUUCGAGGGCUUGAACAUCAGCAUUGAAAAAGGUCAAUAUGCAGCUUUUGUCGGUCCAUCCGGUUGCGGCAAGACCACCAUCAUUUCUCUUCUGGAAAGGUUUUACGACGUAAGUCCUGGACAAGGCGUAAUCACCUGCAAUGGCAUCAACAUCAAUGACAUCAACGUGUACGACUAUCGAAGGCAUCUGUCUUUGGUAGCUCAAGAACCGACCAUGUUCAGAGGAACCGUUCGCGACAAUGUGCUCUUCGGCAUUCCCGAUCCUGAUUCUGUCUCAGAAGAGAGGAUCCACCAAGUCUGCCGCGACGCACUCAUCCACGACUUUAUCAUCUCCUUGCCGCAAGGCUAUGACACUGACGUAGGCUCGAAGGGAGUCGCCAUGUCAGGUGGUCAGCGACAGCGCAUAGCUAUCGCUCGAGCUCUGAUCCGUGAUCCCAAACUUCUUUUGCUUGACGAGGCAACAUCAGCUCUAGACUCUGAGUCUGAGAAGAUUGUACAAGCUGCGUUCGAAAGAGCACGUAGCGGGAGAACUAUGGUUGCUGUUGCUCAUCGACUAUCUACCAUCCAAACUGCUGAUGUCAUCUUUGUGUUUGACGACGGGAAAGUGAUGGAGAAGGGCACUCAUGCUGAACUUGUGAAGAAGCAGGGUAUUUAUUGGGAGAUGUGUCAGAAUCAAGCUCUAAACUAG